UUCCUACAGCUGUGGUCGUGGGAGAGGUUCUCUAUAGGGCGACCAGAUGUACGUGUUCAUGAGCCUAUAGACGCCAUGUUUGAUGUUGACGGCAUCGACAUGCCUACUUUCGGUCUGUGUUGGACACGUCGCGAGAGACGCUUUGCUAGUGAUCAGACCAGGAAGGCAUACACAGCAUUGAACGAGCAGUUCGAUGCGUACACUGGGGUCAUCUGGCAGCCCUACACGGAAGCAGCCAUACAAGCGAGAUACCCUGCUGGUAUGUCUGUGCUAUGCACAAGGGACCGAGAUUACUGGAUGACAAAAUCUAAGAUCAUCUUCGAUGUCUUCGUCGAGGAGAUGGCACAACAGAGGGUUAUGAGGCAAUUUGGUCUUCUGCAGUUGGAGCUACCUCCCCCUAUAGAGAACCCGGUGCCAGCACACAUCCACAGGACGACAAGGAAGGGCAUAACCAGGACUACUGCUGACUGUCUAGUUAGACUACAGCCGUAUGUUAUAGAAUGGGAGACAGCAAACACAAAUCUAUGGCAUGAGAAUCACAAUUUCGAUCUCGAUGAAUUCAAUCUCUAUUUGCGGCGCUACACAUGA